AGGGGUUGGGGCCCUAAUCAAUGGAUUUCCAGUGAUGAUCGGGUCCGGGGUGGUCUAUCUAAGUCCUAUCUCGAUUGCACAACGAAAGGGGCGCACUUCCAUGGACUGCUCGACAUUCAGGCCUUAGGGGGGGCCGGCUUCGCGUCACAACGAACACGAGGUGAUGAUCGGCGGCCACUGUGGGAUUUGACCUCCUACAAUGGCAUCGAGAUUGCCCUCGACGUUUCGCAAUCUGACCGUAAGGUCUAUACCUUGAUUCUCAAAGACCACGUCCUUCCCCCAAAUCCAAAUAAUGGUCGUGAGCAAUCAACCAUCUCAUGGGAAUAUAAUUUCUCCACCACAGACUGCUCUACAAAUGACUCUGCUGGGUUGUCCGAAGUGAAGUUAUUCGCCCCUUGGGAUAGCUUCCAAUCCACAUACCGUGGCAAACCGAGUAACGAAACCAAACGUUUAGCCCUAAACAACAUCAAGAGGAUCAGCAUCAUGAUCAGGAGUUUCUUCGGCACACAGGAAGGGCAGUUUACCCUGAAGCUUUUAUCACUCAGCGCAUAUGCAUUACCG